UUUUGAUGUAAGAUAAUUAACUUACGCGAUAAGUCAUAAAUAACUAAUUUCUUAGUAUAACCUUGAGUAAAAUGGCUCGUUUAUGUUUAAUGUUAUUGUGCGUAUUAUUGCAAUUUGUCUUCGGACAAUCGGCAAAAGUUUUGUUGGUAUUUCCAGUUCCUUCUUCAAGUCAUCAUAUUCUUGGUACAAGUUUGGCGAAAGGGUUGGCAAAUGCUGGACAUGACGUCACCUUGGUGUCCCCCUAUGUGGACAAAAAUAUAAAAAUUCAAAAUAAAAAUGGAAAAUAUAGUCAAAUAGUCAUUAAGGAGAUUGAUGAACAACAUAAACUGAAUAAUUUUGACAUGUUUGGCCUGGAAUCAAAAUCAUUUAUGUCUAUGCUAACCGUAAUGACAAAAAUGUUUGGCAAUAUAUCGAACAGCAUUUUAAAAAACCCAGAACUCAAAAAACUUCAUAAAGAAGGUCAAACGUUUGACGUUGUAGUUAUAGAGGAAUUCCUUACUGACAGUCUAAAGGUAUUACAUUACAAUUUUAAAGCUUCAUUAAUAGCCUUUAGCUCUGUCGGACCCAACUCUAUGGUAAAUGAUUUGGUUGGAAAUCCAAGUCCCUUAUCUUAUAUUCCUGAGAUGUCAUCUGGGCUUCCAAAAAAAAUGAAUUUUAUUCAUCGUGUUAAAAAUGUACUUGGUUUCAUAAUCGGUAAAGCUUUUAAGUACUUUUACAUACGAAAGUAUCAAAGUGCGUACUUAAAAGAACAUUAUCCUGACGCUCCCUCUAUAGAUGAGUUAAAGUAUAACGUUUCUUUGGUACUUAUGAAUUCACAUGUAAGUACUUUCCAACCUGUACCUACAGUACCAUGCAUGGUAUCUAUAGGUGGAUACCACGUACAUCCACCUAAACCUCUACCAGAAGACCUCAAAAAGUAUUUGGAUGAUGCCAAAGAUGGCGUAGUUUACUUUAGCAUGGGUUCAGUUUUAAAAGGCACCAACUUACCCAAAGAAAAAAUUGACAUCAUCAUAGGCGCUUUCAAGCAAUUAAAACAAAAAGUCCUAUGGAAAUGGGAGGAUGAUAAACUUCCAGGUAAACCUGACAACGUUAAAAUAGAAAAAUGGUUGCCACAACAAGACAUUCUAGCGCACCCCAACGUAAAACUGUUUAUUUCGCAUGGAGGCCUUUUGAGCACUACAGAAGUUAUCUACCAUGGUAAACCUGUUUUACCUAUACCAGUUUUUGGUGAUCAAUUCUUAAACGCCCAGCAUAUGGAAGAAUAUGGCUUCGCUUUAGUGCACAAAUUCUCUGAACUUACUAAUACUGAAGAAUUUUUGGCCAAAAUAAAGGAACUUUUGUAUAAUCCAAAGUAUUAUCAAAAUGCACAGUACAGGUCAAAAAUAUUGCACGAUCAACCAAUAAAGCCUAUGGACGUUGCAGCAUUUUGGGUGGACCAUGUAGCCAGACAUAAAGGUGCCCCACACUUGCGUGUGGGAGCUUUAGAUUUACCUUGGUAUCAACUGCACCUUAUUGAUGUUAUAGCAUUCUUAAUUAUUGCACCUAUUGUAGUAUUAAUAGUUUUAUCAUGUAUAAUACGUAAAAUAUGUUCUUGUUUAUGUAAAAAAGAUAAUAGUAAUAAGACUAAAGUUAAGAAAAAUUGAUUUCUGUUGUAACAUUUUUAAUAA